AUGUACACAGUGCCUGUGGAAGCGUUCCUGGAGAUGACCCAAGUGCAGCCGCACGAAGUGCUGAAGGCCAAGGGCCUAAUUGUCGAGUACGAGCCCAGCCUGGGACAGGCAGCCUUCGCUUCUCACCAAUGGGUUGGACAUGGUCAUCCCGACCCGGAGUUCGAGCAGAUGCAAGUUCUGCAGGAUGUUUUCAAGGAUCUUCUUUCCAAGGAUUGUUGGAUCUCGGUGGAACCAAUGACAUCAAUGCUUGCACCAACAGUCAAGCCAUUCUCGUCCAAAGGGAUGCGGAGUAGGCCUCUUUCCCUCUGGUAUGAUUAUUUUUCUGUUCCGCAGAGCAGGGAGAAGGCUGGUGAACAGCGUCAGGCCAUCGACUGCAUCCCGGUUUACGUUGCAAAGUGCCAUUUCUUCUUUGCCCUCUGCCCCAUCAUUGAGAGCCCUGACCAGUCAAAAGUCUUCAGCCCCCGCGCUUGGGGAGAGAGAGGGUGGUGCCGCUUAGAAAAGGUAUGUCGCCAGCUGCGCUCCGGGGAUGGGUCCUGGGUCAUGAUCAAGGGCAGGAAGCAUCUCGAGGUGAUGCCGUAUGUCACGCCUUCCGGUGCUCAUGUUAGCGUGGGUGAAGGUACCUUCACAGAUCCCAAGGAUCGGGAGCAACUGGGUCCAGUGCUGAAAGCCGCACUCACGGCCAAACUGGUUUCCUACAUGCGAGCUGGAGAUGUAGAGGCCUUCCGUGCAUUGCUGAACCUGCAGGCUUUCUUCAUGAGGGGUAUGAAUGUUCAACCUGCUGCAGACUUGGUCCCGGGCAUGACGUUGGGCGCAGAUGCGCUGCCGGAAUGGCUUCUUGCCGACAGCUUCCUUUUCCAGAAUGGUUUCCAGGAUCUUCAGGAAGUUGAUGGUAUGGGAUGGACACCUCUGUCCUAUGCCGCUCUGGGAGGCAACCCUGCCACAGUCCAGGCCUUGUUGGACAAGCGAGAGUUGUAA